AUGGAGAACACACACGCCGCCGGCCUGACCACCAGCCUUGUCAACCACGCCGCCGCCUAUGCUCGGCGUAUCCUGUUCAAGACUACCCAGCGCGGUAUAAAGACACGCAAGUUCCGCGGCAUCAAGCUCUCUUUCCUUCCUCACCACGAACACCUUCAAUCCAACCAACCCACUAUCAUUCCAACCAUCACAAUGGCCAACCCCACGAUCCUCGAGCCCGUCAACGCCGGCGCCCCGGCCCCCGAGCAGUACGAGCCCGUCAACGAGGGCCCGUCGCUCUCGCGCCCCCUGCGCGGCACCAGCGCCUGCACCGUGCAGUAGACGUCUUGCUCUGU